AUGAAUCUGAGUAGCCUCAUGACGGUCAUAACGAUGGUUGAAAGCAACCAUCACUUCGGCGGGGGAAGGGGUCUGGGGUAUCCACAUUGUGUAGGGUGUUGCUGGAAGUUAUUGGCCUGGCUCAUCAUGUCUUGCUUGGGAUUUGCCCUGGCUUCUUCACGUCUUGUCGGCAGGGGGUCGCUGAAGGUGGGAAACAAUGCUCCCAACCAGUGGCGCCUGGACAAGAGUGACGCUGAAAUCAGGAAGGAGGCGCAGAAGCGAGCGAGGCAGAGCUUCCCGGAGCGACCUCGCGUGUUUCUGGACAUCGAGGUGGCUGGUCAUCCGGCAGUGCGCAUCGUCUGUGAACUGUUCUCGGAUCUGGUCCCCAAGACGGCCGAGAACUUCCGCUGUCUCUGCACUGGGGAAAAGGGCCUCGGGGAGUUUGGCACACCGCUGCACCUGAAGGGCAACGCCUUUCAUCGAGUGGUGCCGGGUUUUGCCAUCCAAGGUGGCGACAUAACAAGAGGUGACGGAACAGGUGGCGAGUCUGUCUACGGCCCAACCUUCGAGGACGAGAGCUUCGACGUCUCCCACGACGCGGCAGGGCUGCUGAGUAUGGCGAACCGGGGGCCAAACACCAACAGCUCUCAGUUCUUCAUCCUGACAAAGGCCUAUCCGAAGCUGGAUCUGAAGCAUGUAGUCUUUGGGCGGGUGGUUGAAGGCAUGGGCACAGUACGGCGUAUCGAAGAAACCUGCGGCACUGCGGAUGCGGGAUCCGAGCUCUGCCGCUCACAAAAGCAUCACGGUGUGCUGGCGUUCCGGCCGGGUCUUGGUGAUGCAAAGGCCGUCAUCACGAACUGCGGAGAGCUCCAGGAGGGUGAAGAGAACCCAGAGGAAGCACCGGCCAAGAAGCUCAAGGCUUCCGCCGAGAAGGUCCACCUGUACCACAUCUUAAAGAAGUACAAAGGGGCGAGAAAGCCCGAAACUUGGCGAGGUGAGGCGGUCACCUGCUCGAAGGGCAAGGCAAAGGUAGCCUUGGAAAACCUCCGGAAGCGGGUCACGGCAGCUCCGGCUAUGCAGCUCCUCUUCUUCGAGCUUGCGCGGGAUCAGUCGGAUGAUCCAACAUGCAAGAACGGCGGUGACCUGGGGCUUGUCGAGCGCGGCAGCCUGCAGCCGAAGGUGGAGGAAGUGGGGUUCUCCCUGCAGAAGAACGAGCUGUCUCAGGUGUUCGAGGAUGAGUUCGGUGUGCAUCUCCUCCUCCGACCGGUGCUCGGAGACCAUCCAGUGAAGCAACAUAAAUCUGUUGGAGUGGCGAGAUUCGAGGCUGUGACUAGAGCUGCUUCUAUCCUGGGCAUCACUGACAGUGAAGCAGCGGAGCAAAAAAAGGAGCCUCUAGUAUUGCUCUUGCAUAUGCAAGCUGCAAGCCUUUGA